AAAAAAUAAAAUAGAUUCUGAUCUGAUCAUGUUGCCCCCAGUUAGAAUUGGGCCGUCUAUACUCAACAGUGACUUAUCAAAACUAGCAGAAGAAUGUGAACGCAUGAUAGAAUGUGGUGCAGAUUAUCUACACUUGGAUGUAAUGGACGGUCAUUUUGUUCCAAAUUUAACAUUUGGGCAUCCUGUGGUUCAAAGUAUACGAGAUAAUCUUGGUGAUCGUCCAUUUUUUGAUGUCCAUAUGAUGGUUUCAAAACCUGAACAGUGGGUGAAACCUAUGGCUGAUGCAAAGGUCAAUUUGUUCACUUUUCACUUAGAAUCAACCGACAAACCUCAGGAUCUUAUCAAACAAAUUAGAGAUCACGGUAUGAAAGCAGGAUGUGGAAUCAAACCUGGAACACCGGUGUCACUGUUGACUGAACUUCUUUAUACUCAAAUGUGUGACUGUGCUCUAGUAAUGACAGUUGAACCAGGGUUUGGAGGACAAAAAUUUAUGAAAGACAUGAUGCCCAAGGUGAAAGCACUCAGAGAUCAAUUCCCAGAUUUAGACAUUGAAGUUGAUGGUGGAGUAAGUCCCGACACAAUACAAUACUGUGCAGAAGCUGGCGCAAAUAUGAUUGUGUCAGGGUCUGCUAUAAUGAGAAGUUCUGACCCGAAAGGCGUCAUUAAUGAAUUAAGAUCUGUAGUGGAAGAGUUUUCAGUACCUAGAUGAUACUUUAAACUGGGAAAAUUUCUCUAAAAAUUGCACUGGCAGCUACACAGGUUUUAAUAGCCGAGCAUCGGCAUUAUACGCAUAAACUUCCAAUGCCUACUAUCUUGAGUGUCAACUGUUAGAUCUUCAAAAUGAUCAACUUGGUAAAUUUUCCAAUUUAAAAUCAUUGUUCAUGAUUUGUGUAUUGAAGAAUUGGAUCUUGUAGUUGCAAUUCUUUUUAAACUUUUUUAAUAUGCCUGAGUCCUGACACAGGACAAUGAGAUAAUUUCCUGCCAAUUGCUAACUAAUUUUACGCUGCUGAAUACAAAUACUCUCAUUUUUCAUUA